GGCCCGGGACCCUUCCUUUCCCCUGUGCCCCUCAUCAGCAGGGCUUCGGGGGACCCGUCUGGCGCCCACCUCCCCCCGAGGGCCGCUGCCAUCUCUGCCUCUCGCCCCCCGGGCCCGGGGCAGGGGCAGGUCGGACAGCCCGGCAGCGCUCGGACGAUCAGGGAAGACCUCCUUCCCUCUUCUCCCGUCUGGAAGCAGCUUCCUGGCUUCUGAGAGAAGCGUCGGCCUGUUUUGUCCCUAGCUGGUGCCCAGAGUAUGUGGAGUGUGCCGCUCCGUUCUGUGACUGGAUAUGCCUUUGCCGAAUCCCCCUCUGGGUGGCUGUGGAUGAAGGAUGAUCUUGGGGAGGGUGGGAUCUUCCUGUUGCCUUUCUGGAUCUACGUGCCUCCGACUCACCCAGAGCCUCAUUUUUGGGGUAGUGAAUUAGAGUUGAUUGUUUUAUCUCCCAUUCUCUCCCGUCCCUGCUUUGGUUGUCCCUUUUCUUGAUCAGAGGCUGAGGAUCUGAGUGUGGUGGUUCAUGACCUAGACUGUCAGGGUUAGCUCAUGGUGUUGUUUUCCCAGUUGUCCCUUUGCUGAGGCUACUGUUUGCAAAGGGAUUUCCCUCCUGCCCCCUCGGGGUGUGUGUGUGUGUGUGUGUGUGUGUGUGUGUGUGUGUAGGGGAAGAUUGAUUUGUUCUCUUAUUUUCUCCAAGGAUUUGUUGGCAAUAAGGGUCAUUUUUCCCUGUGACGGGAGCAGGGCUAUAGGAAGGUGCAGUGGCAUCCAGGUAUGAAGUGAGCCCAGUAUUUGCAGGGACACCAGGAAGUGACCAUUGAGAUCACUUUAACAUGCUGUGGAUGGAAGACAAAAUCGUCUUGGGCUUGGCCAGGUGCUUUGUGGCUGAGGCCUUCCUGCUUUGAGCUGGAGGAGUGGGUUUUUGUGGGCAGGGCUGCAUGGAUGCAGGCCCAUAGACUGCCAAUCCCUUGAGGCCAGUCUGGUGGGGAGUGGGCUCCAGUGCCAUUGUCAUGGCUCACAGCUCAGGAUCCGGAACAUGGUGGCGGUACUGGAAGUCAUCUCCAGCUUGGAGAAAUACCCCAUUACCAAAGAGGCACUGGAGGAAACACGACUUGGGAAGCUCAUCAACGACGUCCGCAAGAAAACCAAGAACGAGGAGCUCGCCAAGCGGGCCAAGAAGCUGCUGCGGAGCUGGCAGAAGCUCAUUGAGCCCGUGCACCAGAAUGAGGCGGCAUUGCGGGGGCUGGCAGGGGCAGCUGGCUCAGCCAACGGGGGUGCUCACAACUGCCGGCCAGAGGCGGGAGUGGCUGGCACACCGAAGAGCAUCCAUGACCUGAAGAAUCGCAAUGAUAUCCAGAGAUUGCCUGGGCAACGGCUGGACAGGUUGGGUAGCCGCAAGCGCCGGGGUGACCAGCGUGACCUCGGCCACCCUGGGCCACCUCCCAAGGUCUCCAAAGCUAGCCACGACCCCCUGGUCCCCAACUCAUCUCCCCUCCCCACUAAUGGUAUUGGUGGAAGCCCAGAAAGUUUCCCCAGCCCCCUGGAUGGCAGUGGGCACACGGCCCCUGAGGGCAGCCACUUGGAGCGUGAGAAUGACAAGCACAGCAGCAAGAUCCCUGUCAAUGCUGUGCGGCCGCACACCAACUCACCUGGCCUGGGCAAGCCCUCCGGGCCCUGCUUGCAGGGAAAGGCUUCGGUGCUGCAGCAGCAAGACAGGGUGGACGAAACUCCGGGGCUCCCCCACCCCAAGGGGCUCCCUCGCUGCUCUUUCAGUCCCCGGAACUCACGGCAUGAGGGCUCCUUUGCCCGGCAGCAGAGCUCAUACACACCUAAGGGCUCCGUGCCCAGCCCUUCACCUCGGCCCCAGGCACUUGAUAAUAUGCAGGUGCCAUCACCGUUUGAGCUGCUGCCAAGUGCAGAGAGCCCUGUGCGCUGGCUGGAGCAGCCUGAGGGCCACCAACGUCCCCUUCUACCCCGGGCGGGGUUCUCCCCGGACUCCUCCAAGGCGGACAGUGAUGCUGCCUCCUCAGGUGGCUCGGACAGUAAAAAGAAAAAGAGGUACCGGCCUCGAGACUACACAGUUAACUUGGACGGGCAGGUAGCUGAGGCAGGCGUCAAGCCUGUCCGGUUAAAAGAGCGAAAGCUCACCUUUGACCCAAUGACAAGACAGAUCAAACCUCUGACCCAGAAAGAGCCAGUGCGGGCAGACAGCCCUGUGCACACGGAGCAGCCUAGGACAGAGCUAGACAAGCAGGAGGCCAAGGCUAGCCUCCAGAGCCCCUUUGAACAGACGAACUGGAAGGAGCUGUCACGCAAUGAGAUCAUCCAGUCCUACCUGAGCCGGCAGAGCAGCUUGCUCUCAUCGUCCGGGGCACAGACCCCCGGGGCUCACCACUUCAUGUCUGAGUACCUGAAGCAGGAAGAGAGCACCCGACGAGGGGCCAGGAAGCUGCAUGUGCUGGUGCCUCACGACCCGCCCACAGACCUCCCAGGGCUGACCCGGGAGGUCACACAGGACGAUCUCAACAGAAUCCAGGCCCACCAGUGGCCAGGGGUGAACGGGUGUCAGGACACACAGGGUAACUGGUAUGACUGGACGCAGUGCAUAUCCCUCGACCCGCAUGGUGAUGACGGGCGGUUGAAUGUUCUGCCUUAUGUCUGCUUGGACUGACUAGCCCAUUGGCCAUGAAGUGCAUUCCCACCUUGCAGUAGCCAGGGCGGGUGGGUGGCCAGGGUCCAGAUGCUCCAUGCAGCUGGUAACUUGGGGUGUCCGGCCCAGGCGGGAGGGAGGGGGCGGGAGUCGCGUGGUCUCUGCGCUCUUCCCUCAAAAUUCUCCUUCUUUUGUGAAAUGCUGCUACCAGUUUACUAACAAAAUUGCAAAGGAAGGACCGUGUGUAAGGAAGGACAGCAAAGUGAGUUCAGAACUCUAUAGCAGACCAGCUAUAAAAAGCGUUAGUUCCCCACCCUGGAAGAGGUGUGGAUACUUUCUAGCACCUGAAUGCUGGGACCUCAGUUGCAGGCAGGCACAGAAAACCUGUGGGAGAGGUUACCUUUAACAUAGCAACAGAAGCGUGCAUCUCAUCUCUAUGUUUUCUGUUCUUUAGUUUGGCCCUGAGGGUCUGUGAGACAGUGGGCUCCACCGUGGCCUCUGCUCCCCACCCAGCCACUAUCAAGCCAGUGUUUUCUGUCGUGUGCUGGAAACUUCUGGGCUGCGGCAAGCCACUGGCAUCUGGUAGGCAGGCCCAUUGACCAGCCAGUUUGACCCACACUCCAUGGGCAUCCACCAGUUCAUAUCUGGUUUCAGUUAAACCCCAGUUUUAAAAAAAAUGCUGCAAAAAUUUGUUUUCUCAAGUUUAUUUUUCUCUUUCUCUUCCAUCUGACCACCAGCCAAACAAAUCUUUCCCUUCUUCCUCAUUUUUUCCUCCUGCACACAUCUCUAGAAAAUUUCACCUUUCUGGAGUUCCCUCCCCCCACAAAAACAACACAAAAGUUACCGCGGGUGCUACUGGUGUGUAAGCUGUACUGUUGGGCGAGAGGGAAGACCUGUCUGUACGCUGGAAACACUCAUAACCAUUCCUUUAGAUUCGUUUGCCUUAUGGUUAUUUGUCAUAAACGCGAUUUGCAAAAACAAGGAGCCUUAGUGAAUGUACAGUACCUAGACUUCUGUGUUCUCAGGACGCAGAAGGGAGCAACUUUGCUAUUUGGUCCAGUAAGUGGACACCUUGUGAUAUAAAUGUGGAAAUAAAAAACGAUUUGCACAAACCAGUCUAAGAAUUGUUUCUCAUGUGGGUCUUCACAACUACACCUGCCCUUUCCUGGAUUCUGGACUAGCCAGGAAGUCUUGGACACCACAUCCAUACUGCAGGAAGAUGGGGCAGGACAGGGCACAGCCUGGAAGCUGGCCUGUUAAGCAUGCUGUUGCAUUUGGGGGAGGGAGGAGCACCACCUUUUUUAUUCAUCCACGGUACCUGCUAGUUUGGAGUGACAAAGAGUCCCAAGGACCCUGCCUCACUCACACAUCAGCUACCCCAGAGAAAAACCCUCCAUAGCUCAUAUCUCAGUGACUUUUUGUUUCUCCUCUCAAAUAUUUGCAGUUUUUACACAUCAUGGCUUAGAGGCUCCGAGCUGUGUUAGGCAGCUGACCCCUGCCUUUAACUACAUAUCUAGUUGGCACUGAUUUUUUAAAAAACAACUCCUUUGACUAUAAAGUGAUAAUCUUUUUAGUUUCCCCUAGUCUCUGAAAUCCAAACCUAAGACAAGACUUUGGUUUUCUGAGUUUUUUGCUCACAGAACAGGUCAUCUUGCCCAUUUCUACUUAAUUUCACAUAUGAGGAAACAGCUAAACCUUUAAGAGAGGUAACAGCUUUCAGGAUAGCAGUCAACUCAGAAGCACAGUUUCAGAGCCAGCAGGGGUUUCUGACAAAGGUGUGAUAUGGGACAUGUGCCAGGACCCCAAGAAGAGGCCAAUGGGAGGGAGAAUCCUAGGAACUUUCAUCUACCAUCUGUGUGGGUCUGGGCUAAUUAUUGUGCACCUAUCAUCAUUUGGGGGCUCAAAAUGCCUACCCCAGAAUUGUGGCAACAAAAGUGUGUCAGUAGGAAUGUUUGACAUUCAGCUGUGCUAUGGAGUGACUAUAACUAUUUUCCUAAAUUUACUGUGCCUAUGUUUUCACCCUGUCCAGCUCUCCUGACAUGCGGUAUCCCAAGGAUGUGACAUCUCUGACAAGAGAAAGGCACAACUGGAGGAUAUUAGAGUAUAGAGGUUGGGGUCAUUUCAGCACCUUUUCUCAGUUCUAGAGAUUGGAACAGGCUGAUGCUCCCCUUGUCCCCACCUGCCAGGGACCAUACCUAUGCCUUGAGUGUCCAAUAAGCUCUAGGGCACAGGUACUGCCUUUCUUUAAGAACACAAGGAUAGGUUUGGCUCCUGUAGCUCAGUGGCUAGAGUGCCAUUCACAUCACCCAGGCUGGUGGGUUCGAACCUGGCCUGGGUCUGCCAAACGACAAUGACAACUACAACAAAAAUAUAGCCAGGCAUUGUGGUGGGCACCUGUAGUCCCACCAACUUGGGAGGCUGAGGCAAGAGAAUCAUUUAAGACCAAGAGUUUGAGGCUGCUGUGAGCACUCUAUCGAAGACAAUAGUGAGACUCUGUCUCAAAAAAAACAACCCCACAAGGAUAGGGCUGGGCAUGGUGGCUCACGCCCGUAAUCCUAACACUCUGGGAGGCUGAGGUGGGUGGAUUACCUGAGCUCACAGGUUCAAGACCAGCCUGAAUCAGAGCGAGACCUCGUCCCUAAAAAUAGCCGGGUGUUGUGGCAGGCGCCUGUAGUCCCAGCUACUGGGAGGGUAGGGGGCAAGGGGAUAGCUUGAGCCCAAGAUUUUGAGGUUAAUGUGAGC